AUGGCAGAUUUGGCUGGUAGCACCAUGCCGGGACUCUGGGGGGCAUCCCGUAGACCGCCUCAGAGGCUCUGGAGUGCCAUCUACAGUGUGUCGAAAUACUAUUGGCAACAGCACGUGCUUGAGAGGGAGAAUAAGACUAAACCGCACAUCAGCUGUGGUCUGGAGUUUCUCCUGGUGUUGUGUGGUUUAGAGUUGACCCAGGCUUGUCCGCGUCACUGCAUCUGCUACGACUCUCCCAGCACCGUCAGCUGCCAGGCUCACAACUUUCAGGUGGUUCCUGAGGGAAUUCCGGCCCAGAGCGAGCGCGUCUUUCUGCAGAACAACAAGAUCCAGCGGCUGCUGCAGGGCCACUUCAGCCCGACCACAGUCAUGCUCUGGCUCUACUCCAACAACAUCUCUUACAUCCAGCCCUCCACCUUCAUGGGCUUCACCCGCCUGGAGGAGCUGGAUCUGGGGGACAACAAACACCUGCGCUCUCUGGCUUCAGACACUUUCCAGGGCCUGACGAGACUGCAUGCUCUGCACCUCUACCACUGUGGCCUGAUCACUCUACCCGCUGGCUUGUUUGAGGGCUUGCACAACCUGCAGUACCUUUACUUACAGAGCAACCAGCUGGAGUUUCUCGAGGAUGACAUGUUCAUUGAUCUACUGAAUCUGAGCCAUCUAUUUCUUCAUGGAAAUCGGCUGUGGAGCCUCCACCAGAACACUUUCCGUGGCCUGGGAGCACUGGAUCGCUUGCUUCUCCAUCAAAACCGGCUCCAGUGGGUCCAUAAGCAGGCUUUCCAUGACCUGCGGCGCCUGACCACCCUCUACCUGUUCAACAACUCACUGCCGGAGCUGCCGGCGGAGAGUCUAUCGCAACUGCCUGCGCUCGAGUACCUGCGCCUCAACGACAACCCAUGGGAGUGCGACUGCAAGGCUGUGCCGCUCUGGGAUUGGCUGCGGCGCUUCCGUGGCUCCACCUCCGCAUUAAUAUGCACAGCUCCACCUGAGCUGGUGGGGAAGGAUCUGAAACAGCUGACAAAAGAACAGCUGCCAUCCUGUACGGGAUCCGAGUCGCUCCACCAGAGCAAAUCCAGCAAUCAGGGGGAUGUGGGGGUUUCGCUGAAGAAAGAUCAUCACCAUCGAUCGCACAACCGCCACCAUCAUCAUCCUCAUCUGCCACAUCAGGAUCAAUACUACCCAACAUCCCCAUCACCGAUCCCUCGCCCGCCCAAGUCGGGACGCAACAGAAACUGCACGAGGCAUCGUGGUCGCAAGGGUAACGGUCAAAACGAGGUGUAUAACCUAAAGGACUUGGGCAACAAGGAAUCAGAUGACAAAUACGACCCCACAAAACCAAGACGAAAGAACAAGUGCAUCCCACGGACUUCAGUAGGGCCCCCUAGUGGCGUGCAGAGGGCGAACAGCAGGGCCACUUCCCUCUUGGCUCCUGGUUUCAUCAUCCCUCUUUGCUUAUUGGUGUGUCUCACUGCCCUGAUUUUCCGCUGAUCCUGUGGAAGAGCCUCUACAAAUGGUUUUUAUGGAAGAAAAAAUAAAACUAAACUCAGCCCUCUGUCUACUCUGGCUCCUACACUUCAGUGUGUGAAUGUGUGUGUGCGUGUGUGUGUGUGUAUUUCGACGAGCCCCUUUUGAGGGACAGAGGACUUGCAGGUCUGGAGACACGAAGAAAUCUCGGGUUUUGUGAGCGAGAGAUCCUUGAUUAGCACUGUUUUCUGUUGCUCCAGGGCACGUUGAAUAACAAAAAUAACCCAUUAGCAUUUGCUAUAUGUAACAAAAUAAUUAGCAACCCAUCGUGGUCAAGCUUGCCACCAUGAAAAGACCUCUGUUCUGAUCUUCAACCUGAACACUGGCUGCUUUCUGGCGGGAGGGGGGGGGGAAGAUUGUGAGGAAAAUACAUAAACUAAGCAUUUACUGUACACAGGUCUGCUACGCUAACAUUUUAGCAUCUCAGCAGUUUCUGUGAGUUGUUGUUGUUAACACAUUUAGCACCUGACAAUGUGAAAGCAAAAGCACACAAGAGAAAGAUUGUGUUGUUUUUUUUUUUUUUAAAUAUAAGAAUUAUUUGCAAUAUUCGCACAUUAAAGCUAGUUCACACAGCCCCUACAAAGCUAACAAGGUUAGCAUGCUACUCCUACAAAACCAAAACAUGCUGUGAAUUAGCACUCUGUUCUGAAGCUGCUAUUUCAACUUUAAGGUCAGUGAGAGAAAAAGUGUGCGAGUUUGUGAAGGAAUUUAGGAUGGCUCUGGGUUUAUGUGUUGCUGUUAUUCGUUGAUUGUGCCCUUAAGAAAGUAUUUUGCAUAAAAACCGGAAGGCAGCCGUUAUUAUACGCGAAAAGGUCAAGUGGAGCUUGUGCUUUAUCUGUUAUUCAGCUGCAAUAAUGUGCUAACAUUGAAGGGGAAAAAACAACAGCAUAUUUAUAUAUCAGCACAUGGCACAGUUUGGGGAAAUGAAACGUCUCACAAAGCUGUCACCAUCCCUCAAGGCUGGUUCCCUGAGGAAGUUCCUAUGGGUUUUUAGAAUAGCAUUUUUUUAUGUAAAGUGCUGCUCUGGAGGAGGACAAACAUCUCAAAAGCUUAGGCUUUCUUGACAUUAUAAAUAGCACAAAUCAGGAAAAGAGCAGAUGCUGUGCUAGAACCUACAUAAAUUACAAGCUUUCAAACUACACAUCAUCCAUCAUCAGCUGCAAAAUCUUUUUUUUUUCAGUUCAGCAGUGGACUAUACUAGGAAAUCCUCAGAAAAUAUGUGGUAAAAUAUAAACAAAAAAUGUUUAAAGAAUAUAAACAAACCAAUAUAUAAUGUAUAUUAACAAAUAAAGGACAAAAUACUGGUUUGGUACAACUUAAAGCUAAUGACACAAAAGUCAGUUUAAGCAGUGAUACUUUGUUCUCCUUUCUCUUCUACACUCUCAGAAAUAAAGGUACAGGAGCUGUCACUGGGGCAGUACCUUUUCAAAAGGUACAAAUUUGUACCUGACAGGUUCAUAAUGGUACCUAAAAGUACUUUUUAGGUACAUUUGGGUACUAAUAUGCCCUUUUGAGGUACCAAUGUGGAUUCUUUGCAUACAAAUAUGUAUUUUUUGAAAAGAUAAUGCCCCAGUUACAGCUCGUGUACCUUUAUUUCUGAGAGUGUAAGAAGUAAAAAAGAAAGGAAUGGGCUACAUAAUGUGGCUCUGAAGUGUAAAAAAAAAAAAAAAAAAAAAAAAAAAAACGGGAAAAAAACAUACCAAGUCCAUUUUUUUUACGACAGAUGAAAUUUUUGGAGGCAGUGUCAGUGUCAGUGCAAUUCAAACAAUGUUAGGUCGAAUAAAUUUUUUUACAUGUGAAAAUCACGGACAAAAACUUUGGAUUUUUUCAAUUUUGAAAAAGACCAUAAUGUCAAUUUUAAUAGUGUUUCAAAGAUCAGUCUUAUUCUGGGCUUGGAAUGAGGAUGUAUGAAGCCCCUUAUGUUAGACUAAAUUUUACCUUUGACGGUUUUUCAAAUAUACCUUUUUUCAUAUCAACUACUGCAAUGAAAAAAAAAAA